AUGGGAACUUGUUGUGGUGCUUAGGGUCCACAAAUGGUGAGCCUUUUUGAAUUCUCUACUUUAACAUAUUACUCUCGUAAGGCGAUUAUAAUUUAGAGAGCAUAUCGAAGUAUCACUUUGAAAGUAUUAAAUCUUUUAGACUGGAAAAAUAAAAAAGAAGAACAAUAGAAUCGUUUAAUCAAUACAAAUGAUAGUCAACGUAGUAAUGAACCUCCUGCUUAAAUGGCUAUUGCAAUUGAUGAACCUAUUGAAGCAGUAGAAUAAAUAGUAUUUUCAUUAAUCAUAUUAGAUUGAUCACACUCCAUAAAAGGCAAUCAAGGUAGAUCGUAAAUUGACUGAAUAUUCAACAAUAGUAAAUACACUCAUUUACAAAAUUGGUAAUUUUAAUUACAAGGAAUAUACUAAAUAAUUGACUUAUACAGAAGAGGAACUUGCUUUACCUCAUCUUGAACCUUUUCAAUUAUAAGAUGGUACUAUAUAUGUAGGAUAAUGGAGAAUGGGAUUACGUCAUUGUAAAGGCAGGGCAAUCUUUUCUGAUAAGAGCAUAUAUGAAGGAUUUUGGAAGGAUGAUUAAAUGUGGGGAUUUGGCAGACUUAUUUUAGCAACUGGAGACUAUUAUGAAGGUGAAUUUUUAAGGAAUAUGGCAAAUGGAAAAGGAAAAUAAGUUACAAUUAUGGGAUAUGUAUAUGAAGGGGAAUGGGUUAAUGAUAAAUAAUAAGGAGAAGGAAUUGAGAGAUAUCCAGAUGGGACUAAUUUUAAAGGAAAGUUUGUUGAGGGUAAAAAAAGCGGUUUUGGAGAAUUACAUUUUUAAGAUGGAUCAAGGUUUAAUUUUAAUAUAUAUUCCUAGUUAUGUAGGACAAAUUUUAGAAAAUAAGUUUAAUGGUAAAGGAGUAUUUAAAUUUACUGAUGGUCGAAAAUAUGAAGGAUAAUGGAAAAAUAAUUAAAUGGAUGGUUAUGGUACAUUCACAUGGCCUGAUGGUAGAUAAUAUGAUGGAUAUGUAAAAAAUAUGUAUUUAUAUUUUAGUAUGUAAAGGAUAAGAAACAGGGAUUUGGCGAUUUUACUUAUUAAGAUGGAUCUAUGUAUAAAGGGAAUUGGUUUGAAGGGAGAGAACAUGGAAAUGGAACAUUUUAUUCAAAAAGUGGAUUAUAUAGGGAAGGAGAAUGGUUGAAUGGAAAACGAAUGAAAUGGUUAGGUUAAUAUCAGGUAGCUUGA